AAUGCAUGCCAUAUACGCUCUAUAGUAGUCAUGCAGAUAAAGUAUGCAACACGUAUAAGUCCAACUACAAGAGGCACUUUAUUAUGAGAUCUUAGGGGGUAGAAAUUUGAAAGUGCAUGGUGUAUCUAAAAGAAUCAACGUGAUAAUGGAAAAGCUUCACCACAAAAAAAUUCUUUUAAUUCUAGAUGAUGUGGACAAAUUAGUCCAAGUAGAAAAUUUGCUUGGAAAAUGCAAUUGGUUUGCUUUUGGAAGUAGAAUUAUUGUUACAACAAGAGAGAAAAAGUUGCUAUCUACUCUACGAGAAGAUUUUCAUUUAAUUUACUAUAAGGUUAAGGAAUUAGACGAACAUGAAUCUCGUGAACUCUUUUGUCAACAUGCAUUCAAAAGAAACAAGCCUACAAAAGAUUAUUUGGAGCUUGUACACCAAUUUAUUGGUUAUGCCAAAGGACUUCCAUUAGUUCUAAAAAUAAUUGGUGAUGAUUUAUACGACAAAAAUUUACAAUGUUGGAAAAGUGCAUUAGAUAAGUACAAAAGAAUUCCUAAAUCGGAUAUUCAAGAAGUACUUAAAAUAAGCUACGAUGGAUUGGACCAAAUUCAACGGAAUAUUUUUCUUGAUAUUGCAUGUUUUCUUAAAGGAUUCUACAAGAAUUUGGUUGUAGAUAUAUUACAAAGUAGCAAUUUUCAUGACCCAUACUAUGAUAUUGAAAAACUUAUGGAUAAAUCUCUAAUAGUUGUUGCAAAAGAUGACAAAUUAUUGAUGCAUGACUUGAUACAACAAAUGGGUUUGGAAAUAGCUCGACAAGAAUCAGAAGUGUCAAAAAAACAUAGAAGGCUAUUGUGUUAUGAGGAUGCUCCUGAAGUACUAAAUAGAGAUACGGGAUUAGAUGAAAUUCAAGGCAUAACAUUGUCCUUGCCACAACCAAGAAAGAUGCAAUUGAAUCUUGGAAAGAUGAAAAGUCUCAAAUAUUUGACAAUUCAUAAUGUAAUUUGUGAAGACCUUAAAUCUCUUCCCAAUGGGUUAAGGUUACUUGAUUGGAAUAAAUUUCCUUUAUCGUCCUUGCCAUCCACCUUUGAACCUACAAAACUUGUUGUACUUAACAUGCGAUGGAGCCACAUUAAAUUGGAUGAGCACUUUGAGGUAUAA